AUGUCACCAGGAAAUAAAGAGGCCAAUGCGCCCACCGAGAAGAAAGAGGUCAAGAAAGAGGUCAAGAAGACAGAGAAGUCAUAUCUUGCAAGCGCUGUGGAUUCUAUAAACCCAUGGACGACAAGCCGAAGCACCACACCAACUCCGAAAGAUGUCGCCCCUAAAACAGGCAAGACGCCACCUACGAAGAAAGCUGAGGACCAUAGCACAAAUACGCUAUACGGUCAGAGCUUUAGAAGAUACCCACCGGAAUGCCCGCCCUUGAAUGUCAUGUGGUUUCAUGCCGUGGAUGUUCCUAAACGAACGCCGAACUUCCUAAAGUCAAAGAGGAAAGAGGAAGACCCGUCGAAACAGAUACCGCCGAAGAAAUUCGUUGCAUUCUCCAAAAACGAUUCGAGGUCGAUCGAGAAUGCCUACCAGAAACUCUUGGAGGAGCUUGAAGAGGAACGAACGAAAGGCUCGGUAAACAAGCAAAUGCGCUCUAGCUCUCAACGGAGAAGGGCUGUCUCGUCGGAGGAUGAAGCCAAUACUAGCAUCGAUGAGGAGAAAGACAGGCACAAAGGUGGUUUGCGAGUCCCAGUUAAUGAAGACUUCUUGUUCGACGUCGACAUAGAGGAACGUGAAUUGGCGCCUGUGUACUGGUUAGGACCCAUCUAUGAAGUCCGCCGUGGGACUUGGUUUUAUCAAGAAGGCUCUACGUUGCGACCCUGCGAAGAGAACCUAGCAGCUCAGCUCGAGGAAGGUUACUUGAAAAUCAAGCCAUGGACUUAUCCCGCGCCAAGUGUCCGUGGGGCACAAGAUGUCACCCCUAAACCAUCCUCAGAAAAUUUAAAGGCGGCAGCCAAGUCGCAAGCUGAUAGUUCUUCUAAACCCCAACCCUUGCAACCCACGGUGCAGCAUCAGCCGCAAACAUAUCGACUCUUCGGCACUUACAUGAACAGUAUAGCAACUUACCAGGACUCGAGUACUGCGUGGUUAUCCUCAGAAAGUGUCUUCUCCUGGGUGACAUCAACAGUAUAUCAGCGGUUUGCUGGUGGCGGUUAUAUGAAUGGCGUAAAGCUCGUGCGUGGCUAUUCGGAGCCUGGGAAGACAAAAGAUGGCAAAAUACCCCCUACACCCAUGACCGCUACCUUUCCCCCUGAUAAAAUGGACGAUAAACAAGAGAAGGCCCUCAAGAGGAGGUCUGACCCAUCUGGCACAAAAUCAGAUGAUACUUCAGACCGAGACAAAGAAGACGAUGAAGCAACUACAGAAACUGAACGCCAGGGGAACCGCUUAAAGCGUCAAUUUUCAUCAUUUAUUGAGGCUUCUGAGAAUCCCGAGAAGCAAGACGAGCAAAUCCGAAAGCGUGAGGAGCAAGAAAUCCAAGAUGAUUAUAAUGGACAAGACGGCGAAACGCAAGGACGAGAUAUCGAGCAUCUUGUUCUUGUUACUCAUGGAAUUGGACAGCUUCUAGGACUUCGGAUGGACAGCGUCAAUUUCGUCCAUGAUGUCAAUAUGUUACGAAAGACUUUUAAGGCGGUAUAUGCUCAUUCAGCAGAUUUAAAGACUCUUAACAAGGAAAAUGAAAACGGGCCCGGUAAUUGCAAAGUCCAAGUCCUCCCAGUUUGCUGGAGACAUUUGCUAGAUUUCCCCAAACGGCGGGAAAAGAAAGGCGAAACUGACUUGGGCGACCUCACGACUGAAGAAGACGAGUAUCCAUCUUUAGAAGAUAUUACUAUCGAGGGCGUUGCUUUUGCCCGUUCUCUUAUAUCCGACCUUGCGUUAGACGUUCUUCUCUACCAGAGCGCCUACCGAGAACAAAUCGCCGAGAUCGUCCUAAAGGAGUCAAACAGAAUCUACAAACUCUUCCUAGAGCGCAAUCCAGACUUUAAAGGAAAAGUCCACAUCGUCGGUCAUUCGUUGGGUUCGGCGAUCAUGUUUGAUAUUCUGUGUAGACAGAAAGAGAAGUCAAAACCGCCAGAGACCCCGCGUACCUCCUUGCGCUUCUGGUCUUCUCAAGAGCGGACUGAACCUUCCCAAGAUCACAAAGACCUCAGCUUCGACUUUGACGUGGAAGAUUUUUACUGCCUUGGCUCUCCUAUUGGACUCUUCCAAAUGCUCAAAGGUCGUACCAUUGCGGCCAGGAGCAAGCCAAAUACGGUACCCUCCGAGAGCCCCCUCAAUCCAGAAUACGCCGAAGAUCCCUUCCUCUCUCCUUCGAUAUCAUCAGACCAAAGGCUCUCGGCUAUCACAGGUCAUCCGUUCUCGGUUUCAUCGCCUAAAGUGGGACAACUAUUCAAUAUCUUCCAUCCUUCUGAUCCGAUUUCCUACCGCUUAGAGCCGCUAAUCUCGCCAGCCAUGUCAUCCCUUAAACCGCAAACUUUACCGUAUACCAAAAAGGGCAUAUUUGGUGCCGUGGCCCCGCAAGGUUUAUCAGGUCUCGGCGUCAAAGUAGGCCAGAGCGUCAGCGGUCUCUGGUCCAGCUUCAGCGCUGGCAUCGCCAGCAGCAUUCUCAACCGCAGCCUCGGAUUGACCAACGAGGAUGUGGCAAACUUCAACGCCGCGAACAGUCAUAACAAUAACUCCUCGCAAAAUAUAACCACCGGAGCCGGAACGAAUAUCAAUUCAGGCAACGUGAUCUCCGACACCAACGCGCAGUCGGAAAAGACGGACGCGCGGAAGAGGGCGCUCGCGCGCCAGAAUUCCUCGGGCGCUAAUGCGAGCAGCAACUACGACGCGACGCUCAUCGACGACGAGCUCGAGACGCUGUACUCGCGAUUCCAGAAGAAGCGCAUCGAGGAGCAUAAGAACAGCGCGAGCCGCGCGGAAGAAGGCGUGGAGCUCGGCGAGGCCUGGGCCGCGGAGGAGUUGAAGGCGCAGAAACUGCGCAGGGAGGAGGCGAAGGUGCGCGCGCUGAAUCGGAACGGCAGGGUGGAUUACAGCAUCCAGGAGUAA